AUGGAUUGCUCUGAAGCACAAAAGGUGCAAUUCGAUAUGCAUAUGUUAGUUGAGGAAGUUGAUGACUGGUGGAUCAACACUCGUCACGUGUUGGAUGUUGCAGCUGAAGUUGUAACUUGGGUUGUGUUCCGCGGGGAGUUUUUGAGAAAGUACUUUCCGGAGGAUGUUCGUGGUAAAAAGGAGAUUGAGUUUCUGGAGCUGAAGCAGGGUAAUUUGUCAGUUACUGAGUAUACUUCCAGAUUUGUGGAACUUGUUAAGUUCUAUCCUCAUUACAGCGAGGCGACAAUUGAGUUCUCGAAGUGUAUCAAAUUCGAGAAUGGUUUGUGUCCUAAGAUUAAGAAGGUUAUUGGAUACCAAUAG